AUGGUGCGCUUCAAUACGAACACAGAUAUCCCCGAUCUUUCAGGCAAGGUCAUUCUUGUUACCGGGGGCAACAUCGGUCUAGGAAAGGAGACGAUCACCCAGUUCAGCAAACAUAACCCAGCCCACAUAUAUCUCGCAGCGAGGAAUGAAACCAAAGCCCUGGCUGCAAUCGAGGAUAUUAAGAAUGCAGUACCGAAUGCAGCUCCUAUUACGUUCUUGGAGGUUGACUUGACGUCGUUCGAGAGCAUCAAACGCGCUGCGAAAGAGUUCCAAUCCGAAUCGGAGACCCUGCACAUCCUCGUCAACAACGCAGGUAUUAUGGCCUGGCCGCCCAAUACAACCAAGGAGGGCUACGAGAUUCAAUUCGGCACAAACCACAUGGGCCAUGCUCUUUUAACCAAGCUGCUGCUGCCCACCUUGCAACACACCGCCAAAACCAGCCCAGACAAGGACGUGCGCAUUAUCUCACUCUCCUCGGCGGCAGAGAGCUGGGUUCCGAGUGACCUUUACACUUUUGACGACCUCAAGACCGACAUGGCAUCUACCGGAACCUGGACCCGCUAUGGAGUCUCAAAAGUUGCCAACAUUCACCACUCCAGGGCUCUCGCAAAGCGAUACCCUGAGAUCCGCUGCAUAGCUGUCCAUCCGGGAGCUGUGAGCACGAAUCUCACCAGCGGACUUGCAGCUAGCUGGCCAAUAAUCAAACCAUUAAUGAGCAUUGCUUCAUGGCUCACCUUAUCGUCUGUCGCCAAUGGCGCCAAGAAUCAGAUCUGGGCUUCGGUCAGCCCGGAUGCUGAGACCGGCGUGUUCUAUUGGCCGGUGGGCGUCAAGGGAAAAGACUCCAAGCACGCAAAGGAUGAAGAGCUUAGCGAGAAGUUGUGGGAGUGGACCGAGAAAGAGCUGGAAGCACACUCUUAA